GAAUGCAAAAAAUCCCAACGAAAACAAAACAAGCAAAAAUGCUUGUAAAGUUUCCAAAAGGUUAAUAAUGAUUUCCUCUGGAUAUGCGAUCGUAUGGGAUUGUUUUUUUAUUUUUUAUAUUUUGCUUUUUUCUAAAAUUUCUACAAUAAGCAAUAUUAUUUUUGUAAUCAGAAAGAAGCUUUCAGUGUUAGCAAGUAUGAAGACUGUUUCUGAGCAUUGGAAACAGAUUCCUAAUGAACCUAUGAAUAUCGUUCAGCUCAACCUUCUCUGCAAGUGAGAAUAAUGAGGCAAAAGAAUAAUUGCCCAAAUUAAAGUGGGAAAACUGGGCCCUGUCCUUCAGGGGGCAGGGGUUAGCUGGGGGCCAGAGGGUUGACUUGGCCCUUAAUAUUCACAGACUGUCUUCCUGAGAAGGCCUUGCUCCAUCCUUGUCUCUAUGGAAACACAGAGAGCUCCCCACUAAUUGCAUCUUUUUAAUCUAAAAUUUGGAAUUGUGGGGAUCUGAGGUCUCUGUGGCUAGGGUCUUCGGCAGAAGGCAGGAGUGGGGCCCCCAUCCACACACCUACUCUAGGUGACCAUGGGAAUUUUGAUCCCACUCCUACUAAGCCUGAAAUGAAGGACAGAGUAUGCCCAUGAAGGCCACCAGUUGUUGGCUCUGUCCUUCACCCAGGGUCCACUGAUCCUCCUUCUCAGCUUGACUUCUAGGGACUGCUUCCCAUCUUUCUACUCUAAUAGAGCCAUCACCUUUAUUCUGUAAUUGUUUAGUGUUUAUUCCCAAUUCCCUUCUAAAUGUGUCAGCAUCGACCUAUGAGUCUUCUCUGAUGUAUCAGUGGUCAGCCGGAAGUCCAUUCUAAUUGUGUUGGUGUUGACCUGAUAGGCUGUGAUGUUAACUGCCUACCCAGAGUUCUGCUGGGAUGGCGUCUGUACUCAGCCAGAAUUCAUCUCUAAUUCUUAUCAGUGCUCAUCCAGAAAUUUGCUGGGAGUAGGGGUGGAGUGACUGUCUUGAUUUUUUUUCUCUCCUUACAUAAUUGCAAUCUCUUGAUUCCUCACCAUUUUAAUUAAAACAACUGGAAGGGACCUGGUAUAAUAGGGAUCCUGGGACUGAUCAGAGAUCUAAGAUAGGUCUGGCUGUCAGACUGACAUGACAUGGGACCUCACCAUCGCCUCUCGGGUGGUAGACUUUGGUCUUCUUCCUGGGAACACACUGAUCCCACUGUGCUGCUGGUGGUUCCCACUGGGUUCUGAACAGCGUUGGUCUAGGAGUGUUCAGGGGAGAGGUCCACGGUGUAGCUCUGGGCUUAGCACCAACAGGCAGUGCCCGAGGAGCUCCUAUGUGCCCAGCUCGGAGACUCCAUCGGGGGCCCCUUCCCCGUCACUUCUCACCGAUGCCACCACAAGCAGAAGCACUGCCCAGCGGUGCUGCCUGGUGGGGGGCUCCCAGCCACGCCGCUGCUCUUCCACCCACACACCAAGGGCUCCCAGAUCCUCAUGGACCUCAGCCACAAGGCUGUCAAGAGGCAGGCCAGCUUCUGCAACGCCAUCACCUUCAGCAACCGCCCGGUCCUCAUCUACGAGCAAGUCAGGCUGAAGAUCACCAAGAAGCAGUGCUGCUGGAGCGGGGCCCUGCGGCUGGGCUUCACCAGCAAGGACCCGUCCCGCAUCCACCCUGACUCGCUGCCCAAGUACGCCUGCCCCGACCUGGUGUCCCAGAGUGGCUUCUGGGCCAAGGCGCUGCCUGAGGAGUUUGCCAAUGAGGGCAACAUCAUCGCUUUCUGGGUGGACAAGAAGGGUCGUGUCUUCCACCGCAUCAACGACUCGGCUGUCAUGCUGUUCUUCAGCGGGGUCCGCACGGCUGACCCGCUCUGGGCCCUGGUGGACGUCUACGGCCUCACGCGGGGCGUCCAGCUGCUUGAUAGCGAGCUGGUGCUCCCAGACUGCCUGCGGCCGCGCUCCUUCACCGCCCUGCGGCGGCCGUCGCUGCGGCGCGAGGCGGACGACGCGCGCCUCUCGGUGAGCCUGUGCGACCUCAACGUGCCGGGCGCGGACAGCGACGAGGCCGCGCCGGCGGCCGGCUGCCCCAUCCCGCAGAACUCACUCAACUCGCAACACAGUCGCGCGCUGCCCGCGCAGCUAGACGGCGACCUGCGGUUCCACGCCCUGCGCGCCGGCGCGCACGUCCGCAUCCUCGACGAGCAGACGGUGGCGCGCGUGGAGCACGGGCGCGACGAGCGCGCGCUCGUCUUCACCAGCCGGCCCGUGCGCGUGGCCGAGACCAUCUUCGUCAAGGUCACGCGCUCGGGUGGCGCGAGGCCCGGCGCGCUGUCCUUCGGCGUCACCACGUGCGACCCCGGCACGCUGCGGCCGGCCGACCUGCCCUUCAGCCCUGAGGCCCUGGUGGACCGCAAGGAGUUCUGGGCCGUGUGCCGCGUGCCCGGGCCCCUGCACAGCGGCGACAUCCUGGGCCUGGUGGUCAACGCCGACGGCGAGCUGCACCUCAGCCACAAUGGCGCGGCCGCCGGCAUGCAGCUGUGCGUGGACGCCUCGCAGCCGCUCUGGAUGCUUUUCGGCCUGCACGGGACCAUCACGCAGAUCCGCAUCCUCGGCUCCACCAUCCUGGCUGAGCGUGGUAUCCCAUCACUCCCCUGCUCCCCUGCCUCCACGCCAACCUCGCCCAGUGCCCUGGGCAGCCGCCUCUCUGACCCCUUGCUCAGCACGUGCAGCUCUGGCCCUCUGGGUAGCUCUGCUGGCGGGACAGCCCCCAACUCGCCAGUGAGCCUGCCUGAGUCGCCAGUGACCCCAGGUCUGGGCCAGUGGAGCGAUGAGUGCACCAUUUGCUAUGAACACGCGGUGGACACGGUCAUCUACACAUGUGGCCACAUGUGCCUCUGCUACGCCUGUGGCCUGCGCCUCAAGAAGGCUCUGCACGCCUGCUGCCCCAUCUGCCGCCGCCCCAUCAAGGACAUCAUCAAGACCUACCGCAGCUCCUAGCCCGUUGCGGUGGCCCACCCCGCAUACCCAUCUCCUCGGGCUUCAGCCCAGCCCCAGCUGAGGAACAAGCCAGUGGGGCCCCUUCUCUUCCUCAUUUUGGAAACUUUUCCUCCUCCAUUAAACAUGGGAAACUGAGGCCCUUGAAGGUUUGGGGAGAGGGGGGUAUCAGGCAGGGAGGGGGCAGAGGCAAAUCGCCAGGCAGAGGGAGGGGAGGAGAGGAGGCCGCCCUCUCCCUGUCUCUCCCUUCUCUGCACCCAGCUCUUCUCUGCAUGCUGAGGGCAAUUGGGAUCUCAGCCUGCCCUAAUCUGUCCCCAUCUGGGGCAGGUUUCUAGGAGGUGUCUGUAGUCCAUGUGGCACCUUUGUGAGAAUUAGAAAACUUGUACCUUCCUCUGGGCAGCUGCAGCCCUGAGCCAGGGCAUGUGGCCUGGCUAGUGCAGUGUGGACUGAAUUUUAGGCUCAUUUGCCCCGUCAGCCAACUGCCCUUGAGGAGUGUACAGCCUGCUCAACCGCCCUGGGCAGGCCGCUCCUGAGCUGCUGUCUCCCUCUCUGACCUAUGCCUACUUUCUCUUUCCUCGUUCCCUGCCCAGUGGGCAUGGCAGCUGGGGGUGAGAGGCUGGUGGAUGCCUCCUGUCCUGGGCAGGCUGCAGCCUCAUGCCAUGUCUCUCCCCCGCUGCCCAAUGGGCACAUGGGCAGGCUGCAGAGGGCUCCAGGUUCUGGGCCCCUGGCUGAGAAGGGGAGGACCCUGUCCUGGCUGUAGCCUUCCUGCCCCAAUCAUCUCGCUGGAUGCCGCUGCCCAGGGGUAGCCCUUCGGUAUGGGCUGGGGAAAAGGGUUGGUCUUCUGCCACGGUCCCUGAGAACAGGUUUGCAGCUACCCUCUCAGACCUUUUCCCCACAUCUUGUGCUGUCCAGGGCCUGGGCUGAUAGAGCCUGCGGCAGGCCUGGGAUGGGCCAGGGCCCCAGGUGGGGAGGUGUGCAUUCCCUGGGCCAAGACCAGCCCUUUUCCUCAUUUUAAUUAAUUUAUUUAUUUGGUUUGUGGUUUGGGUUUUUUUUUUUUUUUUUUUUUUUGGUUUGUAGGUGAGUUCCCAUCCUCUGGGCCCCUAGAAAUACUGCCCUUGUAUAUGGGGUACCUGGGAAAGGGUACGGCUGAGGCAGUCAUCACUCAGUAUCGUCCCCCGACUCCAGCCACAAAGCUCAUACCCAGCCCUGCCAAUCAUGAAUUGGAACUCCAUGAGGAGGAGCUAAAUUUGGAGGCCUUUUGGCAAAAAGUGUCCAUUUUACAGAGAGGCAAACCGAUUCUCCUUAGUGCCGUGGGGCUGGUGGUCACCCAGAGCCAUAGAGCACCCUUCCUCCUGGGCCAGAGCUGGGUGAUCAUGGUUGACUCAGGUACGUCAGGUGGCCCAGGAGGUCCCCCGUCCAUAAGGACAUCAAACUUCCAGGAGGGCUAGUGUUCCCAGUGUGGGCCAGGAACAGGACAGGGGGACCUUGUGAUGGCAGGGCAGGGAGCCUGUUCGUAGGGAAGAUGAGGAGGCAGGGGCUGCGUCUCACACCUCCAGGUUCUCAUUCUAAGUUCUGGGGAGGGAGCGCCCCACCUGCUGAGGUUGGUCCUCUCAGCCCUGCCUGCCCUGGCCUGGGCUCUCCCAGCCUCCCAGCCCUCUGCCCCCUCAGAUGGCUUUUUGUUUUUGUUUUUUUGCAUCCAUCAGAGACUGCUCCUCUGUGUGGCAGGCAGGGCAUGGGUUUUAGUCCUGGCCACUAACCAGUUGUGUGUCCCUGGCUGAGUCGUAGCCCCCUGGAGCCCCAGCUUCUACUUCUGCAAAAUGGUUGUUUGGGGAGAGAGGGGCAGGCUUUCUGUGUGACUGUCGGGAGUUCUUCUGUGAGGGCUGCCAUGGGGUGGUGUGCCAGGACCUCAGGCUGGGCCUUUGUGGAAGUCACCAUCCCACUAUGGGUCUCCACUACCCAGUCACUGACCAUGGGAGACCCCUUUUGUGGGAGGGAGCGGGGGCUGGCUAGCGGGCCCCCCAGCCAGGGAUCCCAGAGGCUGAGGGUUGGGGAGAGGAAGCCAUCAUCUCAUUACCUCUGUCAGUGCAGGGGUGGCUGCUGCUUCCCUUGUGCACUCGGGUCGCUGUGAUUGUGAAUAAAGGUGAUUUCGUACCAGCCUGAGGGCUGUGCUGUGCGCGGAGCACUGGGGAAGGAGGGCCAGCGUGUGUGUGCACAUGUGGGGGCAGGCUGGGGUGUGGGAGGCCUGGUGUCCUGGGUACUAGGGGAGUCAUCAGGAGGUGUGGCCCUUCCCUCAGGGGUAAUUGCAGGCCUCUGAGGCUUCAAGGUGGGCUGGGACAAUCAGGGAAGACUCCCUGGAGUCAGGGGCUGGAGUGUGACUUGGGGCUAGAAUGCCAGGUGAGCCUUGUAAAUUGGGAGAGGCUACUGCAUCUGUGAGGAGCAGGGUGUGGUGGGGAAGGUGCCCUGGGAUUCCACGAGGAAGCUUGGCUUUCCGUUAAGGCUCAGCAGGGCUCAAAUCUGCUGCUUGUGGGGGGUGCGCAGUGCCACCUAGGGGCUAAUGGGAGGAUGACAAGUGGUCGACUCAGGUCAUCAGGGGCUGUGCUCUGAGCUCCCCAGGAACAAGGCUUCCACCCCUCUCCCCAGGCUCAGACCCCCACAUCUGGAGGGAGCUCAGCUGUGUUCCCACUGGUGGGUGCAGAGGCCUAUACCAAAUGGGUGGUGCCACUGAGGAGAAAAGGGAAGCCUCUGGAUAGAGUCCUUUAAAGAAGUGUUCUAGGUGCGCCGAGUGAGCCGAGUGGUGGGGAAGGCUGAGGGGAGAGGGGUGGUGGGGAGGAGGCAGCCAGACUGGCCCCAAGGUCUAGGCACAGUAUUGGAAUUGAGCUCGUUUGGCAGCGCCAGGCCUCAGAGGCGUGUGGGAUACCUACCUGCCCAUCCUAUUCCCGGGAGGAUGCUCAGGCUACCCAGCCUCUGCAUGGCCUUGCACAGCCAUGGCCUGUUCCUACCAUCAGGGCUACCCGGUCCUGCUUACUGGGGUCCAGCAAAAGCAGGAGAGGGUCAGGGGCCGUGCUAAAGGGGCAGCUAGGCCUGCUGGAUGUGGGUUCUUGGCCCCAAGAUCUGCAUCUUUCAAAGCCUUGGCCAUUGCCCAGAAAGCCUCCCAAAAUGGGGGAGAGGCUGGAGGAGCUUGACCAUGAUUCUCAGCAAGAUUGAGAGCUGGCUCAUGUCUGUAAUCCCAGCACUUUGGGAGGCUGAGGCAGAAGGACUGCUCGAGCCCAGGAGCUUGAGACCAGCCCUGGCAACAUAGCAAGAACCUGUCUCUACAAAUAAUAGAAAAAUCAUCUGGGCAUGGUGGUGCGCCUAUAGUCCCAACUACUCGGGAGGCUGAGGUGGGAGGAUUGCUUGAGUCCGGGAGGUUGAGGUUUCAGUGACCUAUGAUCAUGCUACUGCACUCCAGCCUGGGUAACAGGGUGAGACCCUGUUAAAAAAAAAAAAAAGGCAAGAGCUUACCUACCUGCCCCCACCCUCCAGUGUCCUUUCUUUCAGAGGGCCCUGGGAUCCUGGAGUCCGCCUUGCAAUUUGAGACAAUGGGACAUCUGCUAUUCAGCUGGAUGGGUUUUUUUGGUGACAGGGAGAAUUAAGAGGUGAUUCUGUUUGGUUAAAAAGGCCCAAAACUUUAUUUAGUUUUCAGGGAAAUAUAAGAUGCAUGUAAACAUAAACAAAAUACAAAACAAAACCCAAAUCUUAGUCUAGAAGCAUGCCAAGACAGAGCAUUUUCUGCAGACCAAAGAGUCCUGUCAAAGUGAUAAGGGACACCUGGAAAGUGGCAGGCCAAGGGGCUGGUCCCUUCCCCAAGGGCACUGCAUUUUUGUGAUGAGAUUAAAAACAAACCAACUCCACUAUUAAAAAUGUUAGAAACAUGGAGAUAGUUUAGCACCACCAUUGAUUCUGGAAAUAUUUCAGCACUCAAAUUGACUGCACUGAGUUUAAUGUCCUUUCUCCAGUUUCUCUGCUGAGGAGGAAAGAAGGAAAACCUGGAGGAAGGGCUCCUCCUGACCCCACAGAGCCCACUAAGAGCUGGGAGGGGAAUUCCAUGAGGAAUUCUCCAAGGUUCUGGAGCUCCAGAGACGUCCACCAGUCCCCACCCAGCCAUGCAGUCCAUAUGCUCACGCUUCAGGGAUUACUGAAGUCUGCCUUGCCCCGGAGUCACUUCCUGCAGACCUCUGAGUACCUGGCCGGGAAACCCAUUUCCCAUCCUGUGUCCUGGAUUUAAAGAAAACCUGUUGCAGAUAAUGAGUUGUAAAUUCAAGAAGGGUGGCUGUUUUGCUGUUCUCUCUCUGCAGUAAACUCAUAUGGGGAGUGUGCCUUGGUUAUAAGGCACUGCAAAACAGCAGGGUAUAUCCAUGGAUGAAUGUUCAUCAUACCCAGUCUAAUUCAUACCAGGUGGCAGGCUCAGCAAACUGAAACCACCACAGGUGUCAGAGAUACUUGAGAAUGACUGGUACCAACAGGAUGACAAAGGAGGUUGCCUUCCUCCCAGAUGUGCCCAAUAGAGUCUGAACCCUGGUUCUAAUUUGUGGAGGUGGGUCCCUACUGUAUGACCCAUUGUGGUCACUGGUCUUUGAGCUAUACAACUUGAGAGGCUAGCUUUGGAUUGGACAGUCAAAGGGAAGUGGGCAAAACCAGCUGAGAACCGGGAGCUGGAUGCAUGUAUUCUGGAAUCAGGGCCUGCAAACUCCAAGAUUGGUUUGUGGCUGGUGACUUCCCCUCUCUGCUAAGUAAAUCAGUGACCAUUCAUUGAGAACCGAUGGGGACCCAGCAUGUGGUCCAAUGAGUGGCAGUUUUUUUCUAGCCAGCUUCUGUGGCCAAAUUUGGAGGACUUUCCAACCUGCUCUGGCUGGACCCUUGGGUGUUGAAUCACUAAAUUCCCUUUCUACCUGCUCUGUUCUUCCUGAAACACUCAGAGCUGACUUCUUCCUUCUUUCUAAUCAACAAAGACAAAACUCCAAACCCCUUUUCAGCCUUCACACAACAUUUCUUUCUAGAAGACAUCCUCUUCUGGAAGCCGCCUUUCCUAGUGAAGGGCAGUAGGCCCCAGCUACCCCAAACAUGCACACGCUCUUCUCACCAACGUGCCUCUCACUUGCCUCUAACGUGCUCGAGCCUUCCUUUUGCUCUAAAUAAUUCUUCCUCCCUCCCUCCCUUUUUCUCUUUCACCUCUUGAGGUUCAGCUUAUUGGCCAGGAUGGAACUGGGAGCAAGGCAGGGACCUUCAGUGCAGGGAUCCCCAUUCUCUAAGGCCACUGAGUUCUAGGACUGCAGUAGGAGAGGGUGUUGAUUGUCAAGGUUAAUUGCAAACUUGAGAUUUUAAAAAGACAGGAUUGGGGAAGGGGGAUUGCGUGCUAAUCCCAACCUUAUAGACAGGCUGGGAUCAAGGCCUUGGAAGGUAGAGCCCUCCACCCAGUCUGUAAGCACCAGUGUGCCCACCUUAUGGCCUGGGGACCCAGGUUUGCAGGAGAGAAGUUAACAGUGGGGCUGUUUUUCCCCAAAGCUGUGGGUCACACUCCUGUCUUCUCACUGGCUCUGAUCAUGCACCUCGGGAACCACAGAGACAUGAGACUGCACCAAACAGGGAUGAUGAUUUAGCCAGAAACUCAUGAAGGUCUAGCAGAGCCCGCCACACUUCCCAGGAAGUGUUCAGUCUGGCCCUGCAGUUGGGACUAAACUUAUAUGCACCUGCAGGUCUUGUUGGGUGCACCAAGAGCAAGUUCUCACCCCGACCACCUGACCCACCCUCUGAAACAAGGAUGAAGGGACUGGCAGCUUUUAUGAUAAGGGGCUUCUCAUACCCAUGGCAUGGCUGAGGGGUGGGAGUCAGCCUGCUCGAUGACACAUCUGUAGGGGUGACCUAACUGAACCAACCCAGUGUUUGCAUACCCAGUGGCAUCUCUUUUGCACAUCUUCAUUUUGGAGCCUGGGAUGACUGCCUAGGCCGCUUAUGCUAGACCUGUUAAUGCCAGUGUGAAAUUUCCAACUACUUAAUAAAAUAACUACAAAAAGAAAAAAAAAAAAGACACAUUGCACUCUCCAGCCAGAAUGAUGUGUGUGAAUGACACACACACUUGCUGCCAGAAGCCGUGAGUCCCUUGGGACCUGCCCAUUGCCAAGGACUUGUUCAAUGGAGACAGCUUUGCCUGGUUUUUUUCUUUUUUUCUCUAACCCCAUGUUAUUUAGUUCAAGUGGGAUGUUACCAACACUUGCGUACACACACAUGCAUUCGUACACCACGCACGCACGCACACACGCACACAUUCUCAACACAUGGCCCUCAAAAAAGUGAGGGAAUCUUAAUUAUUUAGCAAUGUGGACAGUUCUCUUCCCAGAGAGCUCUGCAUUGAGAUUCUCAAAGACUGAAUAUCUAGAUGGAUAUAAGCCAAGGGAGAGUCCCGCACAGGGCACAGUCCCACUCCGGGGCACAGAGAUCCGUGUCUGUGCAGAAAUUCACCAAAUGGGGGUUGGAGCAGCAAGCAUACAGUACUGGAGGUGGAGGGAACAAGCCACACGGAUGUCCCUGUCACCUUGAGGGGCAGAGCUCUGAGGCUCAAACCCAGAGGAAACUUCCCAUUCUGCUGCUUUCUCUACCGGUGCUGAGGAAGGAGGCCACAUUGGUACUUGUUGUGGGAAGUUCUGUCUGCAGAGAAACUUGAAUAGACCCCCGACUCUUCCUGGAGCAGAAUUUGUACGGACUGUCUGGGUGCGGAGCACAGGCAGGGCUCACUCCUCAGGCUGAAGUCGCUGAGAUGAAUGGACAGCCCAGGCUGCCCAUUGGUGUCUCACUAGGGUGUGCACGGAUCAAGGUUCUCACAUCCCCCGCAAGAUUUGGUGACUUCUAGGCUUCCUGCCUAGAAACUGAACUGAGGGCACCCAGUUUUAGAAAGAUUCAAACGUACACCAGAAGGAUCACAGCCCAAACAUCAGGACACUGGGGUGAGAGAGGGCUGCUGGGAGUCAUUUUUAGGCCAGGUCUGAGCAGCUGGCUGCACCACAACAGAAAUCAAAACAAGGAACAGUUCCUGAGGGCCUGACUCUGCUCCAGGGCUGGGGCCCCAGAGGUCAAGGGCCCCAUGCCUGAAUCCCUUUCUGCUGGGUGGAUCUGGCAGGGACCCCAUCAUCUUCCCAAGGAAGGGGGAGAGGAGAACGUUACCAGAUCAAACUCCACCGACCCACCCACCUGUUCCACAGCUAGGAUUCCUUCAGCAGCUCGCUCCCUGCCUCUUGCUGCCUGAGCACCACUGGUAUUCCCUCCAUUGUCCCCAAUGAGCCCUGGCAUCCAUCUUGGUAAUAUUGCACUUUUCCUGUCUCUCAGAUUGUUUCCAUUUUUGAUUGAGAAUGCAAGGUAUUUGGAGGGGGUAGGGGAAGUGAGUAACCUUAAAGAAAUAAUAUAUUAGUUAAAUACAAUAACAGGAAAAAAUAGGGGUUAUUUUUAUCUUUUUCCCCUUAAAAACAAAAACUACCAAAUCAAGGUCUAAACUUAAAUAGUCCUAUAUCUAUUCUGCAAACACUAGUAAUAGGAAAAUAAUGCCUGACUGAAAUUCCCUUGUCUUUUUUCCUUAGAUGAUAAAAGUAGUAACAUGCCUUGCUGGGGAAAGCAAUGGAUAUAAAUGCCUGUAAAAUAUGCUGCUCUAACAUCUGAAAGUGAUUACAAUGAUUCUAUAUAAUGCCUUCGUCAAGAUGGAAAAUCAAGGAGGAAGAAAGAGAAACCUUUGGGGCCAGGCUGGGGGUAGACGGGGCUGAGGCCUGGCAAGACAGCCGGUCUACAGCCACUGGAUGUAGGGGAAACCCACAGGGCGUGGGGCACACCUGCUGCUCCGGGUUGCCCCUUUCCAGCUCUCUCUCACUGCCCCCAGAGUCCCAUGGCCUGGUGAGAAUAGUGAGGAGAAGAGAGGCAACACAGCCAGGCCUGCUGUCACAAAGAGGGAUGAGGUGGGAGGAGAUGACGUUUCCCCCCCCUGAAAUACAAGAAAAAGGUCUUGAAAUGGAAAGGAAAACAAAGCACCAAAUGCUGCAUCUUCGGGCAUUAUAUGAACCUCAAUAAUGACCUCAGAAGGGCUCAUUAUGGUUAAAGUUGCAGUAUACAGCAAUACAGUGUCAUUUCACAUUUUCAAUCGCAACUCAUGGGAAACUAGGUUUGGACACUGCGGAGAUUUUGUUUUUCUUUUUCCUUUUUUAGUCCGAUCUGGUUUUCCUCCAGAUGGGUCAGAGCCCUAGGCCCCCUCCCUCCUCUGCCUGCUGCCGGCAGUAUCCUUCAGCAUCACAAAGCAGCUCAGUAGCUCUAGGGAAAGGCCCUCUUGCCCUGGCUAGGGCUAGGAGUCCAGGGGCACAAGGCCUGGUAUCCCCUGGCCAUGUCUGAGAAGGACUGGCAUGCACCCUUCUUGCUUCAAGUAUUAAUAUUCUCUUUGGGUUUGCAGCGUUUAUGCUGUGAGUUAGGGGGUGAGGGGGCGAGGUGCGAAGACUGGGGCAUGGCAAUCCCUGUUCACUGCCCAAAUCUACAUGCUGUCACCAGGUGGCAGCACUCCCCACUUUUCCUGGAUGCCUGAGCAACUCCCAGCCAUCCUUGGGGCUGGAUGUCACAAUGUAAACAUGACCACACAAUAAACUAUAAUGGCGGUGAAGAGGAGCACGGAAUUAAUGUAGUGGGGAGAUCUGCCAUUAACUAGCUGUGGGAUUUUGGAAAAGUCAUUUCCUGUCCUUGGGCCGCAGUAAAAGGAAGGGAUGGGAUAGAGUGACCUCUGAGGUCUCUUUCAGUUCUGCCUUUUAAUGACUAUCACUUACAGCACUGGGGAUCAAGGAGAGGAGGUCCUUGGGGGAGCUGGGAGGAUGUGGGGGGCAGUGCAGGUGGUGGGGAAGGGCAGGAAAGGCAGGCUUUGGGGAGCACUGUGGUCCAGUCCAACUGAGAUGCUCUGUGCUCGGCAGACACGCUCUGCACUCCCUCCUGGCCUGGCUGGCGCACUAGUGACUGAACUGGCUCAGUGCAGACAUCUGAGGAGCGAGGCUGCAGGGCCCUCCCCCUGGAAGAUAGCUACAUUGAAGGUUCUUUACCUGACAGUCACUCUACUUUUAAAUUUUAUUUUAAAUAGUCAUAAAUUACUUUUUUUCUCUUAAUAAAUAUGUGCUGUUUAAAAAUGAGAAAAGUAUAUACUGCAUCUUUAAGUAAUGCACUUUGCUCUCUGGGUUUUUUCCAUUCUACCUUAUUUAAAGU